AUGUCUGGACGUGGAAAAGGCACUGCUGGCAAAGCUCGGUCCAAGGCCAAAUCUCGCUCAUCUCGGGCUGGACUGCAGUUCCCAGUCGGCCGGGUUCACAGACUCCUAAGAAAGGGCAACUAUGCUGAGCGGGUGGGUGCCGGAGCCCCGGUCUAUCUGGCUGCUGUGCUCGAGUAUCUGACAGCCGAAAUCCUCGAAUUGGCCGGCAACGCGGCCCGGGACAAUAAGAAAACCCGCAUUAUCCCCCGACACCUGCAGCUGGCCGUCCGCAACGACGAGGAGCUCAACAAGCUGCUGGGAGGGGUGACUAUCGCUCAGGGCGGUGUGUUACCCAAUAUCCAGGCUGUGCUGUUGCCCAAGAAAACCGGCGGUGCCAGUAAGUGAAGCGACGUAAGCUGAACCUAUUUACCCAAAGGCUCUUUUCAGAGCCACUCACGGUGUCUGUGGAAGGGCUGAGCAGCGGGUGAUUUCCGUUCAGAGUAACUGGGUUGUGUAUCUGUCACGGCCC